AUGGUUGCGGUGAUUGACUCGUUACGCCAGCAGAUAGCAACAUGCGAGGCUACGCUCCAGGACUUGCAUCAGCAGCUGGCGGAAGCCGAACACAAUCAACGCCAGCAGGAGAGGGUGCUGCGCAAGACGAAACCGCUGACGACAGACCCGCUUGAUCACGACAUGAACUUUGGUGUCCCUGAUGACUUCCGCUCAGAAGUAUUUGCUGUUCUAGAUCAUGAGGCGGAACCGCAAGAACAAGACGAGUCGAACAAGCUGGGGAGAUGGCCUCUCGAGAAGAACGAGUAUCGAAGAUAUGGAAGGCAGCUGAUUAUGCCAGAGAUUGGCUUACAGGGCCAACUCCGCCUAAGAAGUUCCCGAGUUCUCGUUGUGGGAGUAGGAGGCCUAGGAUGUCCGGCUGCAGCGUAUCUAGUCGGAGCAGGAGUAGGUACUGUGGGCUUGGUAGACGGCGAUGUGGUCGAAGAAUCGAAUCUCCAUCGCCAGAUUCUGCACUCGAGUGCAAGGGUCGGCAUGACAAAGGUUGAAAGUGCGAUGGUAGCGUUGAACUCGCUGAAUCCAAACGUCAAACUCAUACCUCACAUAUUACGACUCACCCCAGAAACCGCCAUCUCCAUCUUUAAAAACUACGACCUCGUGCUCGAUUGUACCGAUACGCCUGCAUCCCGCUACCUGAUCUCCGACACUUGUGUCCUUCUCGGCAAAACACUUGUCUCAGCGUCAGCUCUUCGCAUCGAUGGUCAGUUGAUGGUACUUAACAACCCACCUUCGCCACCAGGAGAUCCCACAGGAGGCCCAUGUUACCGCUGCGUAUUUCCAAAACCACCACCUCCGGAGUCUGUGGUGUCGUGUGGUGAUGGCGGAAUCCUAGGACCUGUUGUAGGCGUCAUGGGUGUCCUGCAAGCUUUGGAAACAAUCAAAGUCCUCACCAAAAAGGCGACUGGGACCGAGCCUGCUCCAGCAGAUCCACCAACACUGCUCAUAUUCUCCGCUUACUCGAACCCCAUGUUCCGGUCAAUACGGUUGCGUUCACGGAAGGCGAAGUGUACAGCGUGUUCAGCACAAGCAACUAUCUCCCCCCAGGUGUUAGAGUCGGGGAGUCUAGAUUACGCUCAGUUCUGCGGGAGCAUCAACCCGAUCGAUGCGCUUACACCGCAAGAACGUAUAUCAGCUGAGAGCUAUGCAAAGCUACGAUCUGGGGUGAACCCUUUCACAGGUACCGUUUCCAACAAGGAUAACCACAUCCUCAUCGAUGUGCGCGAGAGAGUGCAAUUCGAGUUAUGCAGUAUUGACGGCAGUGUCAAUAUCCCAUUCUCUACAGUAUCAAUCACUCCAGGUCUCAGCCUCAACCCAAAUACACCAAGUCCUGGUUCCAACGAUAUGUAUGUCGAUGAGAACGACUGGGCCACGCAGCUAAGACAGACCGAGAAACCCAUUUUUGUCGUCUGUAGACUGGGUAACGACUCACAGCUUACAGUCAAGAAAAUGAAAGAACUGGGGCUUAAUUACGGAGGGAAGAGAUUCAUUGGAGAUAUCAGGGGUGGUUUGCAGGCUUGGAGGGAAAAGGUGGAUGCCGAAUUCCCAGAGUAUUGA